AUGCGCAACAACAAGCUGCAGUAUCUCAUCUUAUUCGGCUACACAGCAGCAGAGGAUGGCACAGCUGUAACUGAUGCUACUGGAUGGCACAGCUGCAUGAAGGCUUUGGUGGCUGCAGUGCAAUAUGGAGCUUGGUCUCGUAUUCAGGCCACACGGGAGGAUGCAAAUUGGAAAUGGAAAAAAGCCCUAGGAGCAAAACCUCUUGUAUGUAUGAUGCCAGAGAUCCAUGAGGUCCACCAACUCGCAUCUGGUGAAGCCAAGCCCAAGGCCCAGUCGCUCCCCGUCUUGGUGCGGAUUGUGCGACUUGGCAGGCAUGAAAAUUUCGAGAUCGGCGUCCCACUUGCAGCCCCUCCUGAGGGCAUUCACUGGCGACGCUGUCUCGCGCUGUUAAGGAAUCCAGAGACAGCACAAAGUACCUCUACUGGACACCAGCUGCGCCUGCUCGUUCUUCGCUCUUCCAUCUUCGUCUUCAUCCUCAUCCACAGGCGUCAUCGUCUUCUCUUCCAGCCGGCAUCAUCCCUCCUCGACUCGUUCUCCCCCACCCUUGCUCAAUGCCAAACAGAUCAGCACAGCCCAUCAGCAGCUGCGGCCCCUGCCAAUUUGAGUGGCCACGGCGGCCCGACUGGCCAAAGAGGCACGCCGGACGGGCUCCAGCGCACAAACAGCCACGGCUCACGGACGCAUCUCAGCCAACCAUUUCGCGCGGCACACGCUGAGAGCAAUCUUUGCGCCUUGGCGGCCUGCCUGUCCCCAUCCGCUGCGUUUGCCGGUGAUGCUACGCGCAUUUUCACAUCUCAGCUGUGUCGUAUUGGUACAGCCUAG